AUGAAGGCGUUCAUGAUAGUAUUAACUCUGCAACUCUUCAACUGUAUAAGUAAUGGACAUAUCUUAACCAAUAAAGACGCUGCUUCAUCAUCGGGCAGAUCAAAAAAAUCACCGAAUUACUACUACUACCAGAACAUCCCACUGGCGCCCAUACCAUCUUCGUUUGGUGUUAACUACUUCCCGGCGUAUCUUCAGCCACCAACUCGUCCUCAUGCUCCGAAAACUGAAAUCAAAACUCCAUCCUUAUUAAGCUCAGUAGUACAAAGAAAAGCAAAUACUAUUUUAAAACACCUUUACGCUAAAUUUAAUCGUAUACUGAAACCGCUCGAAUCGAAAUCUCGAGUGCAUGGAGCGAGGGAACCUGUGAAGCUUAGAUACAACUUUAAUGUAAAUUCAACUAUUCAAAACGCAAGGGAAAGGGACAGUAUUGAUUUAAACAAAUUAAACGAAUAUGAACCAGUUAAAUUAAAAACAUCAGUUCCUGACGAAGUAAAGGGAAAACCAUUUGUAAACAGUCCUCAAACGACUAUCCUUAUUCCACUUUCAAAUAUAGAAGUGAAAACUAACAAGAAAAUGUCACCUAAGGAUGUAAAGCAAGAAAGGGAUAAUAUGUUUCUUAAAACAAAUGCACAGCAAUCAAUAAAUGAUAAACACCAUGAUGUUAUUACACUACGAACUGACGGAACGAAGGACAAUGACAAUGGAUAUUCCUGGAAUCUCAUCCCGGAAAUAGUAAAAAAUGAAGUUACGAGACAACUAGAAGAAAUUUUAACAAAGUAUCAACGCGAUAAAAUUAACGAUAGCAAAGAAAAAAUAAUUAAAAGUAACAAGCCAAAUGAUUCAGUAGACAAUCAGGAAAACAUUACAUUUAAUGUUGACGACAAAAACAAAAAUGAAAACGGGUCAAAAAAUAAAGAAGAUGCUAAAUCGGAUUUUAGUAAAUUUAUAGGCAUUAAUCACUUUGCUAACAUAUUUGUAUUUUACCCGAAUGAAGAUAGAGAAUCUAUAAUCGUUAAGUUAACUGAAAAACUAAAUAAACAAACGCAAGAUUCUGAUAAAAAUAAAGUUGUUUCUUAUAAGGAACACAGUCAAAUAGCUCCCAAUAAGGAGAAAAUUAUAAUUAAUAAAGAUAAGGAUGAAAAUAGUACAGUUUCUGAUACAGUUGAUGAAAUUUAUCAUAAAAAAGACUUUAAUGGGAAUGAGAGGUUCGGUGAUAUUACAAAAGAAAGGGAUAAAGAGCCAGUACAUUUUAUGGCUGAAAAUAUUAUUGAAACGCCAACUGAAAAAUUAAAUGAAGAAGCACAAAAUUCUAAUGUAAAUAAAACUGAAGCAGUUUCUAAUGAGAAAAAUAGUCAAAUUCCUGCUGAAAAGGAGGAAACUAUUAUUAAUAAUGAUAAAGAUGAAAAUAAUACUGUUACUGAUAGAGUUAAUGAAAUAUAUCGAAAUGAAAACUAUAACAAGAAUGUCACGUCCGAUUACAUAACAGAAGAAAGGGAUGUAGGGCGAGUCGAAUUUACUUCUGAAAGUAUUAUUGAAACACUAACUGAAAGAACAAAUGAAGAUACGCAAGAUUCUGAUGUAGCCACAGAUGAAAUAGUUUCUUAUAAGGAAAACAGUCAAAUACCUGUUAAAAAGGAAAAAACUAUUAUUAAUGUUGAUAAAGAUGAAAAUAAUACAGUUAUUGAUACAGUCGAUAAAAUUAACCAAAAUAAAGAAUCUAAUGAGAAUAGGAGGUUUAGUGUCAUUGCAAAGGAAAGGGAUGUACAUCUAGAUUUUACUACCGAAAGUACUAUUGAAACGCCAAAUGAAAAUUCAAAUGAAGAAAAGCAAAAUUCGGAUGUUGAUAAAAUCGUAUCAGUUUCGUAUGAGGAAAACAGUCAAUUAUCUGCUAAAAAGGAGAAAACAAUAAUUAAUUAUGAUAAAGAAGAAAAUAAUACAGAUACUGAUACAGUCGAUGAAAUUCAUCAAAAUGAAGACUUUAAUGAGAAUGACAGGUCCAGUAAUAUAAUUAAAGAAAAGGACAUAAUUAAUAAAACAACUGGAAUGGAUACAUUUCCCACCACUGAAACAGUUACAACUAUAGAAAACUAUAGCGAAAUUACAACAAAUAUUAUUGAAACAAAAACAGAAGAAAGCCGUGUAUUGAGUUCAGAAACAACAACGGUAUAUUCUGCAAACUCUAUUCCAAUCGAACUAACUGAGGGCAGCGAUGAAAGCACCAUUGAGACAUCAAACACAGGAAUUGAAAACGUUGAUGAAGAUAAAUCGAAUAUCAAAACUUCAACAGUAACUUCGGAUAUUGAGGAGAUCAUAUCAGAAGAGGUUUUUUAA